CAUCGGUCAGUACAGUGUCCGUGACACGUCCUAUAUCGGUCAAUGUUAUCUCAACCUGUCCUCGAUCGGGUCAGAGCGCGUAUUACGACGCCCCCAGUGGAGCCAGCCAGUCGUGUCGGACAAACUGGAACGAAGAGACAAGCCUCUGGCGUCGUCGGUGUCCAUUUUUACACGUCUAAUAGCUGGACAAUUGUUUGCAUACCGUUCUCGGCAAGUUUCAAACAACGCUCGAGACGUCGAACCAACGAUAUGACGCUAUCGCAAUUAUUUUACCGAUAACUGACCUCAACGAUAUCUCCACCGAUGGUGAACUCUUAAUAGACUGACCGUCCACUGAUUAGACAGACGUAUUCAACUGACUGUUCAGACUCACAGUGGAUCCUCCGAUUAGCAAAAACGUCUGUUUAGGAAGGGAUUUGAAGAUGUGGUUCUUAUUGUUGGUCCUGGCAGCGACCGGUGUUAUGGGGCAAGCUGUAAAUGUUCAUGUGGAGAAUGACACACAACUGAAAUUUGGUUUUGAAGUCGAUAACGUGAACGAUCAAUUUUUGCUCGAUGGAAAACCGUUUCGAUACGUUUCCGGCAGUUUUCAUUAUUUCCGAACGCCGAGACAAUAUUGGAGAGAUCGUUUAAGAAAAAUAAGAGCAGCUGGGUUAAACGCUGUCUCUACUUACGUAGAAUGGAGUCUUCAUCAACCGACUGAGGAUAAAUGGGAGUGGACAGGUGAUGCAGAUCUGCUGAAAUUUUUGGAUAUUGCUCAGGAAGAGGAUUUAUUGGUCCUUUUAAGACCGGGUCCAUACAUUUGUGCGGAAAGAGACUUUGGCGGCCUUCCUUACUGGUUAAUACCACGUGUAUCAUCCGGAAAAUUACGCGUAAAUGAUCCACAAUACAUGCAUUAUGCGGAAAUAUACUUAAAUGAAGUGUUGGAACGUGUUAAGCCCUAUCUCAGAGGAAACGGAGGUCCCAUAAUAAUGGUUCAGGUGGAAAACGAGUAUGGAAGCUUUGCUUGCGACACACAAUACAUGAGUCGUCUACGAGAUAUAAUGAAAGAGAAAAUUGGGACAAAGGCUUUAUUGUACACAACCAAUGGUGCGAAUGAUGUUAUGCUUAGUUGUGGAUCUGUGUCAAACACUUAUACCACCAUUGACUUUGGAACUUCUACAAAUGUGAAAAAAGCUUUCGAAACCAUGCGCGUCUAUCAAUCUCAGGGUCCAUUGGUAAAUUCUGAAUUUUACCCAGGGUGGUUGACGCACUGGCAAGAACCAUUUCAAAGGGUAAAGUCCGGGGCUGUUAAGAAGACUUUGAAUGAAAUGCUGGCUAUGGGUGCAUCAGUUAAUAUAUAUAUGUUUUACGGUGGUACAAAUUUCGGUUACACCUCUGGUGCUAAUGGUGAUCCAGACGCGUUCAGUCCACAAAUAACUUCCUAUGAUUACGAUGCUCCGUUGACAGAAGCAGGUGACCCAACGCCAAAGUAUUUUGAAAUUAGAAAUGUCGUCUCUCAGUAUUUACCUCUACCAAACACGUCCGUCCCAACAGUAUCUCCAAAGGGAGAUUACGGUCCAAUUUUCCUUACGCCUGUCUUAAAACUAUUCGAACCUAUCGGUCGCCAGUUACUUGGGACUGUUCCUGUUGAAAGCUUAGUACCGUUGACGUUUGAAACACUUGGACUGUCUCAUUGGCUAGUACUCUACGAAACCGAUUUAGUGACUAAUCCUUCGGAUCCAGAGGAUCUACAUGCCAUGGUCCGCGACAGAGCACUAGUCUACGUGGAUGAUCAUCUAGUAGGAACCUUAAGUCGUACCAAUGAAGUGUACGACAUCUUAAGUUUAGAAGAGCCUUAUGGACAGAAGUUGAAGCUAUUAGUUGAAAAUCAAGGACGAUUAAGCUAUGGCAGUGGACUUUAUGAUUACAAGGGAAUUUCGAACGUAACUCUUAACGGUGUUCCCCUCGGACCAUGGAGAAUGACUGGAUAUCGAUUAGACGACAUUAGUCCACUUAAUGACCUCAAAGAAAUCACAAUCAAAAGUGGAACUCUUAUAAAUGGUCCAGUGAUACUUCGAGGAAACUUCUCUGUUUCUGGUCAACCGAUGGACACGUUUUUGAACACCGUCGGUUGGGGCAAAGGGGUAGCUUUCGUGAAUGGACACAACUUAGGCCGAUACUGGCCACUACCCGGACCCCAAGUAACUUUGUACGUUCCUGCACCUUUCUUAAAAACAGGUGAAAAUGAAUUGAUAGUAGUAGAGCUUGAAUACGUACCCUCCAACAGAAAAAUGAAAUUACAAAUUCAACCGAUUCUUCAUAACAAAUUUUAAUAUGCGAGCAAUUGUUACUAUUAUAUAAAAAAAAUCUUGAUAUUUUCUAUUUUUGUGUUUUCUUUAUUAAUGUAUUUUGUGAGGAAAAUAAACUUUGUACUAUUCUAUUCUAAAA